AUGCAUUCAGACCUCUCACUUGAGGUACAAAUGACUAAGCUCAAAUUAUCAUAUUAUGCACAUAUUAUGCAAAUAUCUAGCUCUCUUGAGAAGACUAUAACACUUGGAAAGGUGAAAAGUAAAGAAGUACCAGCAGCAAGGGCAUCAGGCCAAAGGCAACAUCAAGGAAAGAGUGGAGAAGGCGCAGCCAACAGUGAACUGCAUCAGCACCAAGAGUUAUGUCACUGGCCCUGCAGAUGCCCACCUGUGCCAAGCUGCAGGCCUGGGGUGAGCCUGCUGAGAGAUGGCUGUGGAUGUUGCUGGAUGUGUGCCAAACAAGCAAACACCACCUGUAAUGAAGCAGAGGUCUGUGACCAUCACAAGGGACUCUACUGUGAUUACUCUGCAGAUAAGCCUAGGUAUGAAAGAGGAAUAUGUGCAUAUAUGAUAGCCGUUGGCUGUGAGCUAAAUGGUAUGUACUACACCAAUGGCCAAUCUUUCCAGCCUUCUCCUCUGUUUUCGUGCCUGUGUGUGAACGGUGCCAUUGGAUGCACACCGGUGUUCAUCCCGAAGUCAGCAUCAAAUGACUGUGCAUUGCACAAGGACAAAAAGAAGGAUGGACAUUCCAACUGUGCUUUAGGGCAUUUGGAAGAAUGGCGAUCAAGACAUUACCGAAUAAUGUCAGCUUUCAGAAAUGUUCCUCUUAUUUUGAAAAAGAAAUGCCUCGUACAAACAACUCCAUGGACACCUUGUUCCCGAACUUGUGGUAUUGGCAUCUCUGACAGGGUGACCAAUGGAAACAGUAAAUGUGAAAUGAGGAAGGAAAAGAGACUGUGUUAUAUUCAACCCUGCCAAGCAAAUUUUACAAAGAUUCUGAAGAUUCCAAAAGGAAAAACGUGUCGGCCCACCUUUCAGCUCGCUAAAGCUGAGAAACUAGUCUUCUCUGGAUGCACAAGCAGACAAAUAUACAAACCUGUGUUUUGUGGAAUCUGCCUGGAUAAGAGAUGCUGCAUACCCAAUAAGUCUGUAAUGAUUACAGUACAGUUUGAUUGCCCCGAGGAAGCAUCCAUCAAGUGGAAGAUGAUGUGGAUUACAUCUUGUGUUUGUCAAAAGAUAUGUGAUGAUCCAGGAGACUUCUUUUCUGAACUCAGGCUUUUAUAA